UCAGGGCUCUAAGUUGAGGUAUUCUUCAUUCUGAACCCUCCUCCUACUUCUACUCCUCCUCGGCGACCGCUGUUCUUCUUCUGCUAUCUUCUUUUUCUUCCAACUCACACUAUCGGCGGCGAAGCAGAGUCCAGUGGCCGGUCACCGGAAUCUCGAUUGAGUUGCGGGGUUAGAAAUAAACUAGAGAACCAUGGGGAUCGUAGAGAGGAUCAAAGAAAUUGAAGCCGAGAUGGCUCGUACCCAGAAAAAUAAAGCAACUGAAUAUCAUUUGGGUCAGCUGAAGGCUAAGAUAGCAAAGCUGAGGACACAAUUGUUGGAGCCCCCCAAAGGUUCUAGUGGUGCUGGAGAAGGUUUUGAAGUUACGAAAUUUGGUCAUGGACGUGUUGCACUAAUAGGAUUCCCAAGUGUGGGAAAGUCUACGCUCCUUACAAUGUUGACAGGAACACAUUCUGAAGCAGCAUCAUAUGAGUUCACAACACUUACUUGCAUCCCUGGUAUUAUCCAUUACAAUGAUACUAAAAUUCAAUUGCUUGAUCUUCCGGGAAUCAUUGAAGGUGCAUCUGAAGGCAAGGGGCGUGGUAGGCAGGUCAUUGCUGUUUCUAAGUCAGCGGACAUUGUAUUAAUGGUUCUUGAUGCUUCAAAAAGUGAAGGCCAUCGACAAAUAUUGACAAAGGAGCUGGAAGCGGUGGGCCUGCGAUUAAACAAGCGACCUCCUCAGAUAUACUUCAAGAAGAAAAAGACUGGUGGAAUUUCUUUCAACAGCACUAUGCAUCUGACACAUGUGGAUGAGAAGCUAUGCUAUCAAAUUCUGCAUGAAUACAAGAUCCACAAUGCUGAGGUGUUAUUUCGUGAAGAUGCUACAGUUGAUGACCUAAUUGAUGUUAUUGAGGGGAAUCGUAAAUACAUGAAGUGCAUAUAUGUCUACAACAAGAUAGAUGUUGUUGGUAUUGAUGAUGUAGACAGAUUAGCCAGACAGCCAAACUCCGUUGUCAUCAGCUGCAACAUGAAGCUGAAUCUGGACAGAUUGCUUGCAAAAAUGUGGGAAGCGAUGGGGCUUGUCAGAGUUUAUACAAAACCACAAGGCCAGCAACCAGACUUCACAGAUCCUGUGGUCCUUUCUGCUGAUAGAGGUGGCUGUACAGUAGAAGAUUUCUGUAAUCACAUACAUCGGAGUCUUGUUAAGGAUGUGAAGUAUGUGUUGGUGUGGGGUACUAGUGCAAGGCACUACCCCCAGCAUUGUGGCCUUGCGCAAAUGCUUGAGGAUGAAGAUGUGGUUCAGAUUGUUAAGAAAAAGGAGAAGGAAGAUGGAGGAGGUAGAGGCCGGUUCAAAUCACAUUCUAAUGCUCCUUCUCGUAUAUCUGACCGUGAAAAGAAGGCUCCAUUGAAGACUUGAUUGACCCAGAUAGUGGAGCUGUUAGUUCUAUAUGCUGAUCUGGAAGGAUGCAUGUGCCAAUUGUUGAUGUGCCAGGUAUUACUAUUAAAGAACGAGCUAUACUAUGAGAAUUAGCUAGAGCUUUCCUCAACUUCAUGAAGUGAAACCUAUUUAUCAGAAGUGGCUAGAAGAUUUCAAUGUUGUAUUCUAUAUUUGAUCAUCUUACACUCUACAGCGUGUAAAAUAUCUGGGGACAUGCUUUUUUACUCCAGAUAAUAUUUACUGCUGUUCAUUUGUGAAUGUGCGAUUAAAAGUUUUGGUCUUUGAUCCUAAAAAGUGUCUAGGCGAUAAUAACUGGAUAUCUUAGCUUCAUGUUAUCUGCAGUCGAAUUGGGUAACUGCAAGUUUGUUCAUCAUUGAAGAAGUAUAUUUUCAGUACUA